AGGGUGUUUGUGCAGUACGAUUGAAAAUGGCUCUCUUAAAACGAAAAGAAAGAGGAAAAACAUGUGGUAUAGGUGUGUUUGUAAGGCUCGACCAUCAACAAAGGGAAUAGAAGCAAUUAAAGGAGAAACAUAUAUGCAAAUGAAGUUGAAGAAAAAACUCGAUACAUUUGGUAUCAUUGCCUUGUUAUCGGUAGAUAUACCAAUGUGGAAUUUGAUCAAGUUUAGGCGGAUUUUAUAAGAGAAGGCCCAAUUAGGUUGGAAAAUACGAAAAGUUGACUUUGCUAAAUUAGAGGGAUAUGUACAAGUAUGUAUGCAUGUAGGACAACUGAUUUUAAGAAAGCAGCUAGCUCCCUGCACCCUCGGGUAGAGGAUCAUCCCACACUCCUCGCAUAAAGAAAAGUUCCCGUCGCCCAUUCAGAUCAACAGCCGAAAACCUAGGGUUCCGGUGAAGGUGAAACCAUGUGGAGACGAGCCUCUGCUAAGAUCUUAGCACUCCGAUUUGUUGCCAGACCUAAUCGUAUCGUUACCUCUUCACUAUCGCCGGCGACUCAUCGGCCAUCCGCCACUGUUAUCGCUCGUCACUAUUCAGGAAGCGUUUCUAAGAAAGUCGAAGAUGUGAUGCCUAUUGCGACUGGUCACGAGCGUGAGGAGCUUGAAGCCGAGCUUGAGGGACGGGAUAUUCUUGAUAUCAAUUUUCCUGAAGGUCCAUUCGGUACCAAGGAAGCUCCUGCUAUUGUGAAAUCUUACUAUGACCAAAGAAUUGUUGGUUGCCCUGGUGCAGAAGGGGAGGAUGAGCAUGAUGUUGUUUGGUUUUGGCUAAAGAAAGGAGAAACACAUGAAUGCCCAGUCUGCUCACAAUAUUUCAAGUUGGAAGUAGUGGGCCCAGGAGGACUUCCAGAUGGACUAGACGAGGAUGAACAUCAUCAUCACUGAUUGAAUUUUCCACCUUUAAAAAAAUAUGCCGGAAUAAAAAUCUGGUGAGAUUACUGCAGCAUCAGGAUUUAACAGGUCCUGUCUUUUGUUUUGUUAUGUUAUGUUUGUUUCAUAUAAUUUACUUUUAAACAUGUUGGUUUUUGGUCGAGAAGCAGAGCAUGCAUACGAUUUGAUUUUUCUUUGUGGAUUUUGGGGCAUGCUUUUUUCAUUUGAAUUGUGAAUGCCAUUGCUUGAAUGCAUUGAAAUAAUUAAUGGCUUAAAGCUUAGGCUCUUAGAGAUUCA